GGGUCGGAGGAGAAAAGAAGAACGACAAGGCCGGCUUUCCUAGGUGCGCAAGGAAUUAGGUGAGUGAAGUUUAACGGGAGAAUGGGAUAUCGUAGCCCCUCUCUGAUGUAAAGCGUGUUAGAGGGGCAGGGGUUGGAUUCCGUAGAUGUGGAGGAAUGUAGUGCGGUCGAAGUGGUGGAAAUUGGUUGGACUUCCAACCAAUUGACUUAGUGGGGGGUCGAGAUUUCAAUCAACCCCCUAAAUCCCUUCAACCGCACACCACCACAUUCCAUCCACCACCGCCCAUGUCAAAAUUUGAACCUCCAACCAAUUCCCUUCCCUCAACCGCACUGCACUCCUUUUCAACCAGAAUUUCCAACCCUUCCUCUCCAAGCUCCUCACAAACACCUCCCCGUCAAUUACACCAACCCCAAACAGCCGCGCGCAAUUUCUGCACGCCAUUACAACCAGAGAACCCUAUUUUUUUCUAAGUUCAGGGCCCGCGCCCAUGUUCCCCCCCCUUUCUGGCACAAUUAAGCAACGCGAUAUGCGGAUGGGCCUUUAGGAGCCCUCCUGAGUGCUCCUGAGUAACGCCAGCAGUCACGAUAUUUAGCUAGGAGGGCUCCCACUCUCUCCCUCUCUCAAGCGGUCCUGCUCAUGACGAUGUACAUAAAAAUGUCGAGAUGCGAAGUAUUAUGGUGAUGGUGGUGAAGCCCUUACCCGUCCUAGUAUGUGUUCAGUUUAGGAGCAAGCGGCAUAUGAUGAACCUAAUCUGAAACAAUUCUCCGGUUGGCCGAUCAAAGAUCUGAGGCCAACAGAACUAGCAAAGCAAGCCUAUGAACAACAUGUUCACUUGCUUGUGUCUCUCUUCUUCCGACCCACGCCACACAGGGAUCUCUCGUCCAACAGUAUCACUGGCUCCAUUCCCAGCAGCAUCACCUCGCUCACUCAACUCGUUUUUCUAAAUAUAGGCGGGAAUCUCUUGGAUGGAUCCAUUCCAGACUCUCUUGACUCGAUGGUCGUGUUGAUGAAUCUAAAUAUGAGUGGAAACCACUUGAAAGGGUCCAUUCCAACUACUCUUGGCAGCAUGGGCAGCUUGAAGUUUCUGUACAUGAAUGAUAACCAGCUCACUGGGAGCAUUCCGGGCUUCAUCAACCCAAUGAAUCUGACUGAACUGGUGUUGAGUGGGAAUCAGCUGAGCGGCCUCAUCCCCCCCUCUAUUCAUUCCUGCGAACAGCUUCAACGUCUGUGGCUCGACAACAAUUCGCUGAGCGGGAUCCUUCCAUACUCUCUUGAGGUCAUGUCUCAGCUUACCUCCUUGAGAAUCAAUGACACGAGCCUCAACGGAACGUUGCCAACGUUUCUUGGGAGUUUCAGUUCCCUCGAUUCACUCAACAUCAGCGGCACAAACCUCACGUGCCCACCGGACUACACCGCCUGUGGCCCAACACAGUCGCCUAAGACAGCCUUCUGUCGGACGUGCCCUUCCUUCUGCAGCACUUGUGCCACGAACAGCAGCAGCCCCAGCAGCAGCGAGUCAUCUGAAGGUGGAGGCGUAUCGGUGGGAGUCAUCAUUGGCAUUGCCGUUGCGGCUGGGGUCAUUCUCUUGCUACUCAUUGCCACACUGCUCUACUUCGUGCAUAAGAUGCAGCAGAAUAAAAGAGCCCUGGGUACCAGCCUGGCUGCUGCACACUGCACGGAAUUCUCUCUGGCUGAGGUCCUCAAGGCCACCAACAACUGGUCAGAGGACAACCAGCUUGGCUCGGGUGCCUUUGGUGAUGUCUACAAGGGCGUGUCUCCCCGCGAUGGCACCACAGUGUGGGCCGUGAAGCGAGCCAAGCUGAUCGACGUGGACUUCCAGAGGGAGAUCCUCCAAAUGGCCGACAAGAACCAUCCCAACAUUGUGCGGCUGCUCGGGUUUGCAGUUGGAGGGGACGUGAGGUCGAAAAUCGAGCAGAUCUUGAUCUACGAGUUUGUGUCCAACGGUGAUCUCCACAAGUGGAUUGAUCGCGAUGCAUCCAACCCUCUAAGCUUCAAGCAGCGGCUGGACAUUCUCAUUGGAAUCGCACGUGGCUUUGAGUACCUCCACAGCUUCAACAUUGUGCAUCGGGACAUCAAGCCGGCAAACAUCCUCAUCACUGCUGACAUGCAGGCCAAGAUUGCAGACUUUGGGCUUGUGAGGGCGGGAGAGGGCACCACAGUGGGCUCUACUCGGAUCAUGGGAACACCGGGCUAUCUGGAUCCCGUUUACUCCAGGACAUCGCUGGCAACUUCUGCCAGCGAUGUCUACAGCUUCGGUGUGCUCAUGCUUGUGGUCCUCACGGGGGAGGCUCCAAUUAUUGAGUCGGCUGGAGAAACCAGGCAGAUCACUUCGUGGGCAUCCGAGUGCGUGACCUUGGGCGACUUGGGGAGCCUCACUGACUCCAAUGUUGAGGCCCCUGGGGAUGCUGUGCUGCGCUUGACUCAGCUGGCAAUCAGCUGCACCGUGGAGCGCACUGCAAGCCGCCCAAGCAUGGCUCACAUUGCCAACCAGCUGAAGGCCAUCCGGGAGGAGGUGGCGGGGAAGGAUGAGCUGAGUGCUGCGGUUAAGGUGGAUGCGCAGGUGCAGGAGAUGAAGGACACAUUUGGAGAUGUCGAUGCGUUUGAGGAGUCACUCAAGAUGAUUGGGGAGAGAUUCUCCAACGAAAACCAUGUCUAAAUCUGUUAAGGGUGUGAUACCGUAUACACCCGGAUAUAAGCGCAUAUGUGCUUGUAAUGGAACCCCUUGCAAAAUCACCUGCGUUUAUAAUCGAAUUUAAUGUGUAAGCCCAUGCGCUUUAUAAAUGUACCGUAAAGAA